ACUUAGCAUAUUAAUUUCAUUUACAUUUAGUGGGUUUGACACGUAUAAUUAUUGUUUCAGAGUUUGAACAAUGUAAUUUUUGGAAGAAGAUUUUUGAAGAGUUAGUGGCUAUGUUCUUGUUUGGCUUUCUACUAUUACAUCUGCUGAUUUCAUCCAAUAGUGGCGACGAAAAUCUUAAUGGACAUUUAAAACCCCUUGGCUCACAAAUUGCACCCAUUGGUGAUGUGUUGGCUAUUGACGAGGUUCCGUCGCCCGAGGAGUUCUUCUAUAAAUAUGUUCAACCUGGAAAACCAGUUUUAUUCAAAGGUGCAGCAUUAAAUAGCCCAGCUUAUGAAAAAUGGACAGAUGAAUAUAUGAGAAAGAAGUUUGGAGGUUUGAAAUUUGAUGUGGAAGAAGGAAAAAAAGAGAAUCGAUCCAAAGAACUGUUCAACAUGCCGCUUAGUGACUUUCUUAAUUCCUAUAAAAGCAAAGAUAUUUAUAUGGUUGCCUCUCUGCCCAAAGCAAUGAGCGAAGAUGUCUAUCUUUUAAAAUGUCUCUUAUGUGGAGGUUUCACAAAUGAAAUUCAGGACAGCGUAAUGUGGUUUAGCAAUGGUGGUACAAAAUCAGUUCUGCACUUUGAUGCAAUUGAUAAUAUAAAUUGUUUAAUGAGUGGCACUAAAGAAUUGUUUAUGGUAGAUAAGAGAGAACACAAACACAUAUUGGUUGAUAACCCAAGUGGAUCAUUCUCAAAUGUUGAUGUGGACAAGGUAGAUCUGAAAAAAUACUCAGGAUUGGCAGAUGUUCCUUGGUAUAAAGCAUUUAUGAAGCCUGGAGACUGCUUGUACAUUCCUUAUAGGUGGUUUCAUCAAGUGCGCUCAUAUGGACCUAGAAAUUUAGCGAUAAACAUUUGGUUUGCCCAUAGACUUAAAUUUAAUGCAACUGAUUGCCAAAAAAAGGCCGCUGAUGAAUUUGCUUCUCUUUCACAAUUUGAAGUCAAUGAACUGAUUGGACCUAACUUGAGACUGCUUGUAAUUGAUGAAAUGGAAGAUAAGUCAGUGAAUACACAACAAUUUAUACAGAUUAUGCAGAACGUGUGGCGAAGUGAAAAGAUUGCACAGGAAGGACGUCAAGUGCUAGAGAAAACGUUCACUGAGAUGGACAUCGAUAAAGAUUAUCUUCUCUCUCCUAAAGAAGUAAUGGAUGCCCCUAUGGAAGAAAUUGAACAGAAAUUGCUGAAAUUGUUUCCCGUUGAUGAUGAUGAAGAGGAAGAUGAGGAAAGAAGGAAUGAGGAUGAAGAUGAUGAAAGAAGGAAUGAGGAUGAAGAUGAUGAAAGAAGGAACGAGGACGAAGACGGUGAAAGAAGGAACGAGGACGAAGACGGUGAAAGAAGGAACGAGGACGAAGAUGAUGAAAGAAGGAACGAGGACGAAGAUGAUGAAAGAAGGAACGAGGACGAAGAUGAUGAAAGAAGAAAAGAGAAGAAAAAAACUGGUGAAAACAACAAAGGGCACAGUGAAAUUGACCAACGUAAUGAUGAUAGUCAGGAAGCAAAUGAUAAUGAAGACAUUUCUGCUGCAAAUGGAAAUGAAAAGAGUUCAAGGAUAAAUAUUAAGCACACAGAUUUGUAGAUGUGUUGUUAUUGAAUUGAAUAAAAUUUUCAUUGAUUCGCUGCAAA